AUGUUCAUCGUCUAUAAAGUCUUGGAAGACAUUCAUAGUCUUAGUGUGAUGGGGGAAGACGAAGAUGGAAUGCCACAUAGUUGCUCGACGUCGACUUCACAUUCAUUAAUGUCGCAUUCAGAUAUUGUUUAUGGCAAUCCGAUCGUCUACCAACGUUGUUUUGAUGUAAAUAUGCCAUAUCCUCCGACAAGUAAUCUGGUAGACAAUCGCCCAUUUCAUGCUUCAUUAGAGUUGCCACAUUAUAUGCCGUACUCGCCGAGUAAUCCGAAGGAUCUGAGACAAGAGGCGCCCUCAUCGUCAACUGUGGCAGCUGCUGUAGAAUUUGAACAAAAUGUGGGCAGUACAUCACCGAUGACUGAUGCACAUUUUCUUGACGUCGAUGAAAUGGGCUUCGAUUUAAAUGAUGAUUUAGAGGGUACCACUUUUGUCCAAGAUGAUGAGGGUAGAGUUGAACCGCCAAGAUCUGGGAUGGAAUUUGAUAGUCUGAAAGAGCUGACUUCCUACUACAAGCAAUAUGCGAAGCUAGAGGGUUUUGGUGUACGGACACAGAGAACUAGAAAAGAUGAUGAUGGGAGGCCUGUGUAUGUCACUGUUGGUUGUGCCCGUGGCGGAAAGUACCAACCUAAGAAUAGUAAUAUCUCGAAGCCACGGCCAACAACCAGAACGGAUUGUAAAGCAAGAGUGAAUGCGACGUUGAGCAAGAAUGAUAAGUGGGUUUUGACAACUGUUGAAAAUGUGCACAACCAUAUAAAUGUGAGCCCCAAGAAAACAAGACUUUUGCGGUCACACAAGUUUCUUGAUGAAUACAGUCAGAGGAUCCUAGACCUCAAUGAUCGAGCCGGUAUAAGAAUGAACAAAAAUUAUUAUUCUCUUGUCGUUGAUGCGGGUGGUUAUGAGAACCUAACUUUUCAAGAGAAAGAUUGUCGGAAUUUCAUUGACAAGGCUAGACAUUUGAGGUUGGGUAAAGGCGGUGGCGAAGCCCUUAAUCAGUAUUUCCAGAGAAUGAGAGACCAGAAUGAUGGUUUCGUAUCUAACAUGGACGUGGAUGAUGAUGGUAGGUUACGAAAUGUUUUUUGGGCUGAUGCUCGGAGUAGAGCGGCCUAUGAAUAUUUUGGUGAUGUCGUAACUUUCGAUACAACCUACCUAACAAAUAGAUACGGGAUGCCUUUUGCACCGUUGGUUGGUGUUAAUCAUCAUGGACAGUCUAUAUUAUUAGGGGCGGGAUUGAUUUCCUCUGAGGACACACAUACUUUUGUGUGGUUGUUUAAAAUGUGGUUGGAUUGCAUGAAUGGUCGAGCGCCCAAAGCCAUAAUAACUGACCAAGAUCGGGCAAUGAAGAGUGCUAUUGCCAUUGUAUUCCCCGAAACUCGUCAUAGGUAUUGUCUAUGGCAUAUAAUGCGGAAACUUCCAGAAAAGUUAGGAUCUCACUCAUGCUUCAAUGUGGGGUUGAAGACUGACAUUCAGACUGCAGUAUAUGACUCACAGACCAGAACAGAAUUUGAUCAGAGUUGGGGUGAACUACUUGUGAAGUAUGAUUUGCUUGGCAAUAAUUGGCUUCAGACCUUAUACGAGGAAAGGCAUUUUUGGGUUCCAGCUUACAUGAAAACUGUAUUUUGGGCUGGUAUGAGUACCACUCAAAGGUCGGAGAGCAUGAAUGCAUUUUUCGACGGGUAUGUCCAUUCCGGAACCACAUUAAAGGAAUUCGUCGACCAAUUUGAUAAUGCUCUUAGAAAGAAGGUCGAGGUAGAGACCACUGCUGACUUCAAUUCAAUCAACCAAACAAUUCCUUGCGUGUCUCACUUUAACAUUGAGAAACAGUUCCGAAUGUGUUAUACAAAUGCAAAGUUCAAAGAGGUUCAAAAAGAGUUGCUCGGCCUAAUGUGUUGUAACUGUUCCUUGGUAAGCACACAAGGGUGCAUUCUAAAAUACGAUGUCUUGGAUGAAAUCUCUACUGAAGACCACAUCAAAACAGUGAAUUUCUCAGUUUUCUUUAACGAGGACGAGGUGGAGGUAAAAUGCACGUGUGCAUUGUUUGAGACGAGGGGGAUUUUAUGUAGACAUGCCCUUAGAGUUUGUCAGCUGAAGAAAAUAAACGUGCUACCAUCAGUAUAUGUCUUGGAUCGUUGGAGAAAGGACUUAAAGAGGAGAUACACAUUACUCAGAACUAGUUACGAUGACCAGCGGGACAGAUCUGACAAACGGAAUUAUGAGCUUGUGGUCAAGAGGUGUUCAAAAUUAGCAACCAAAAUUUCCUCAAAUAAUGCACAAGUUAGUGCAUUCUUGCGUGUUGUUGAUGAGUUCGACUCAAAAUGUGAAAGUUCAACACCAGAGCCGGAGUGUGGACAAACGACUGCGCAACCAAAUGUGGACUUGGGGAAAGGGAAGAAGAAGAUAUUAAGUCCUAACGUGGUCCGGGGGAAAGGCAGACCCCCAAGUAAGAGGAAGGUUCCACCCGUAGAAAAGAUUGCAACAAAGAGUGAAAAAGCAAUGACUUCCAGGAAAAUUUUGGUAGAUGCAACAGAAUUGGGCGAGAACCCCGGAUCGGUACAACACACAUUUGAUGUUGGUGCUGUUUCGAUAGAAAAUGACAUUCUGUUACAAUCAAAUUCACAAAAUGAGGUUAACUGUCUUUUUGCAUUAGGAAUACCAUGA